GCCUACAGCAUCGCAACGCUCACGUGUUUCCGGCCAGGCAACAUGGCGGCCGCGGCCAGCCCGGCGUCCCUGGAGUCGGCUCCGCGGAUCAUGCGGCUGGUGGCCGAGUGCAGCCGCUCCAGGGCGCGGGCGGGCGAGCUGCGGCUGCCGCACGGGACGGUGGCCACUCCCGUGUUCAUGCCGGUGGGCACGCAGGCCACUAUGAAAGGCAUCACCACGGAGCAGCUGGACGCCUUGGGCUGCCGGAUCUGCCUGGGCAACACCUACCAUCUGGGUCUGCGGCCGGGCCCCGAGCUGAUCCAGAAAGCCCACGGCCUCCACGGCUUCAUGAAUUGGCCCCACAACCUGCUGACGGACAGCGGCGGCUUCCAGAUGGUGUCCCUGGUGUCCCUGUCCGAGGUGACGGAGGAGGGCGUCCGCUUCCGCUCGCCCUACGACGGCGAUGAGACCCUUCUGAGUCCCGAGAGGUCCGUGGAGAUCCAGAACGCGCUGGGCUCCGACAUCAUCAUGCAACUGGACGAUGUGGUCAGCAGCACUGUGACGGGCCCACGCGUGGAGGAGGCCAUGCACAGGUCAGUCCGCUGGCUGGACCGGUGCAUCGCAGCCCAUCGGCGGCCGGACAAGCAGAACCUCUUCGCCAUCAUCCAGGGCGGCCUGGACGCAAAGCUCCGGGCCACCUGCCUUGAAGAGAUGACCAAGAGGGACGUCCCCGGCUUCGCCAUCGGAGGCCUGAGCGGCGGCGAGAGCAAGGAGCAGUUCUGGCGCAUGGUGGAGCUCAGCACCUCGCGGCUGCCCAAGGACAAACCCCGCUACCUGAUGGGCGUCGGCUAUGCCACGGAUCUCGUGGUCUGCGUGGCUCUUGGAUGUGACAUGUUCGACUGCGUCUACCCGACCCGGACGGCGCGGUUCGGCUCCGCCCUGGUGCCCACGGGGAACGUGCAGUUGAAGAAGAAGCAGUACCAGAAGGACUUCGGCCCCAUCGACCCCGACUGCACCUGCCCCACGUGCCAGAGCUGCGGCUGAUGAGCGCGGUGCGCGCCAGCAUCGUGGAGCAGCGCUUCCCCGAGUUCGUGCGCGACUUCAUGGGCACCAUGUACGGGGACCGCACCCUCUGCCCGCCCUGGGCCACCGAAGCCCUGGCCUCCGUGGGAAUCACCUUGGGCUGACCCGGCCGCGCCGGCCAAGGGCGCUGGGCCGGACAGAUGACUCGGGGAUGUUGUGGGUGGUUUUUAUUACUGUUUUUUUAAUUACAAUGCUAACCGUG